AUGUCGAAUACGAGUGGUUCACAGCUGGGGCCGGCUUCCCGUACUCAUCCUGAACCCAUUUCAUUGCCGCCAAGCACGUCGUCUGCAAAAUUUCAUGAGUUCCUGCGCCGUGCCAGCGCAAUUGUUGGCGACGAAAAUCUUGUUGUUGUGGCUGGUCAAGACCAGCUUCAGCAGCAAGAUUACAUGGACCGCUCCAAGGUACAUGACAUGUUCAACAUUUUGGAGAAAAAGACGUUUCUGCACUCUUGUACUGUGGCUCCCAAAGAUGUCCCCGGCGUCCAGGACAUCAUGCGCCUCGCCAAUGAAAUGGAGUUGCCUGUCUGGCCAUUCUCCAUGGGUAGGAACCUUGGGUAUGGAGGUGCUGCUCCCCGUGUAUCCGGUAGCAUUGGUCUUGACAUGGGCAAACACAUGAACAAGGUGCUCAAGGUAGACGCAGACAGCGCUUAUGCUCUUGUUGAGCCCGGCGUUUCCUUUUUCGAUCUUCACCAGUACCUUGUUGACCAUGAGCUGCGAGACAAGGUCUGGGCGGACUGUCCUGACUUGGGUGGCGGAUCUGUCAUUGGAAACACUAUUGAGAGAGGCAUUGGUUAUACUCCUUACGGAGAUCACUGGAUGAUGCACUGCGGUUUGGAAGUUGUUCUUCCUGACGGAUCAUUGAUUAGAACGGGCAUGGGUGCUUUGCCCAACCCAAAAGCAGACAAGAACGCGCCGCCCCACGAGCAAGAGCCGAAUGAGUGCUGGCAGCUGUUUAACUAUGGUUUCGGCCCGCAUCUCGAUGGAAUCUUUUCUCAAUCCAACAUGGGCAUUGUUACAAAGAUGGGUGUCUGGCUCAUGCCCAACCCGGGUGGCUCGCAGACCUACAUGAUUACGUUUCCCCGCGAUGAUGAUUUGAAUCGCAUCAUCGAGAUCAUGCGGCCGCUGCGAGUUUCAAUGGUUCUACAGAACGUGCCAAAGCUGGACAAUAUCCUUGUCAGCGCGGCUAUGGAGGGGACCCGUAGCUCUUAUACCAAUUCCAAGGAGCUUCUAACGGACGCCGAGCUUGAUGCCAUUGCUGAGAAGCUAGGCCUUGGCCGCUGGAAUUUUUACGGCUGUAUAUACGGUCCACCAGAGGUGCGAGAAAUCCUCUGGAAGGUUAUCAAAGGCGCCUUCAGCCAGAUCCCGGGCGCUCAGUUCUACUUUCCCGAGGAUCGGCCUCACGACAAGGCGCUACAGACGAGGAAGAACACUUUUGUGGGCAUCCCUUCCAUCACUGAAUUGGACUGGGUAUCGUGGCUGCCAAACGGUGGCCAUCUCUUCUUUGCGCCCAUUGCCAAGCUUACUGGAGACGAUGCCGAGGCUCAGUACGAGCUGACGCGCCGUCGCAGCGAAGAGUUUGGUUUCGAUUUCCUCGGCGCGUUUCUUGUCGGAGUACGCGAAAUCCAUCACAUUGUUUGCAUCAUCUUUGAUCGAGAGGACCCCGAGAUGCGCACUCGUGCACACAAACUCAUAAAGCUCCUGAUCCAAGAAGCGGCCGAUCGUGGAUGGGGCGAGUACCGUGCCCAUCUGGCGCUCAUGGAUCAGGUUGCGGGCACGUACAACUUUAAUAAUGGUGCGCAUAUGAAGCUGAGCGAGAAGAUCAAGGAUGCGCUUGACCCAAAGGGCAUCCUAUCGCCGGGCAAAAAUGGUGUGUGGCCGACGGCGUACAAGCAAUACAACAGGCAGGUUCCCAAUGAUGAGUAG